UAACUAAUAAAAAAGAUUACACAAAUCAGAGGGUCAUUCUGCAUGUCGGUGCUGCCAUCUGGUUAACAAAACAAAAAACAGCUGUUUCGAGGAAUUGCAAAAUAUUUUGCAAAUUGCACUUGGCGCGCAAUGAUUAACACAGCAAAAUACUUUGCAUUACUUGAGAAAUUAAGCUUCGAGCAUGCAUUGGCAAACGAGAGUAGAACACAGAAUUCAACUGAUUUACCACAAACGCCGCCUUUUAUUGAUGACAACUUGAAACACUUGGAAAAAUAUGUUCCACUUGAUGUUGCCCAGCAGUUGCAGGAGUUGUGCAAAGCAUUGGGCGUAGAAGAAAAGAUUGACGCGGAAGACAACACAAUCAACUGCUACAUAAUACGACUGCUGCACGUGUUGCACACAUUGUCCUCGAACAUCAAUUUCCACAGCGAUGCUCUAGAGGAUCUGAUCUCUGUGGCGCAUUUAAAGCUCUGCAUCCAGACGACCCAAGAGUUAUCCUACUAUGCGCUGCGCUGUCAACUGCACCAGGAUUUCUACAAAUCGCCCGUUUUCAAAAACUUCAGCAACAAUGAUUUAUCGAUUCCAACCUCGCUACUCCUGCUUAGCAUUCAGUUCUUUAUUACACGUCUGCUGCCCAUUCGCCAGCUGCAUAUUGCCAAUGCCAUGGAGCUAGUGCAGCGGGAUCUGCUGGCAGCCAUCAUCAGUCUGCGCACACUGCAAUUGCCAGCGGAGCAACAAUCUCAAUUGAAUGCAGCACUUUCGUAUUUAUGGCAAAACGAAUCCAAGGCAGACUUCUUUCGUCACGUCCUGCUGCUGAAGGCAACGCCACAACUGUCACCGCAACUUGCCAAGCAACUGCACCAACAACUAUUGCACAAAUUGAGCUUGCCCCAUGGAUUUGCCAGCUUAAUUGCGGCACUUCACACGGCAUCCCAAAAUCUUGACAGCACGCGCAGUGCAGAAGUUGUUGCGCAUAUUGUGGCACAACGCGGCUACUCGCUACGUUUGCAGCAGCAGCUCAUCGAACAGAUCUUCGACUACUGUCGUCUACAACUUUCGAACGUCAACAGCAUGAUUUAUGGCGUGUUGAGCCUGCGACGUCUUUGUGAACUCAAUGAAACGAAUCGAGCGAGUAUCGAACACAUUUUGACUGCUCAUUGGCAGCCGCUUGUCCAGCCUGAAGAUUUGCUCAGUGGACUGAUCAUUUGGGAGCAAUCAGAACUAACUGCAUGCCUUCAACUCUGGCAGCAACUCUUCUGCAGCUCCAGUGUGGCAUGUUUACCCAGCUCACUGUUGAUUCCUUACAUUCCGCUGCUGGUGCAGCUCCAUGAACAGUUGCCAGCUGGAAAUAAAAGAAAAUCAGUGUCUGCUUUGAUCUGUCGCUGUCUAGACAACAGGGAUGCCGAGCUGGAGCUGCCCCUGCAGUUGCAACGUCUGCUCAGUUGGCAGUUAGACAAGAACCCGCCUUGGCAAUCGCUACAUCAACGCGUUGCUCUAGAAAAGGAAACGCUGCAAGUGAAGGUACAGCAGGCAGAGCUUGUCAAGCAACAGGAUUACACUCCCAGUCACACGUUGUGCUCGCUUCUGAUGUCGGACAACAAUCAUGCGCUCACCAGCAAAGUUUUUCUCGCGCUGCUGCGUUUAAUGCUGCAACAACUAAGCGAAGGAUCAUCCAUUGGGCUCCUCUCCAACGAAGAAGAGUUGGCGCAUUUUCUGCAAUCGAAAUACCAGCUGAAGAUGCAGCUGUUGGUGGCUCUUGAGCUGCUUGUGUGGCAUCCGCCGCUUAAGGCGCAACUAGCACAAACGCAGAGUAAACAAUUCAUGCAGCUGCUCAGCGAGUUGCUGCAGCAGCGUUUGUCCAAUCAAAAGCCAACUGUCGAAGCAGAUCAAACGCUUGUUGUCUGCUUAAUGCUGCUACAGGAGUUGUUGGAAAGCAGUGAGCAACUGCAGCUGGCGGAGAGCACUCAACGACUGCUUAAACCUUUGCAACAGUUGGCUGCCCAGACGCCCAAUGAGCUGGUGAAGCAGGCAACGCGGUCGCUAUUGAGUCUGCUGCUUGGUGAUCGAGUUUCCACUCAGCCAACUGCUGAUCGAUCGGCUUUCCAAAGAGCACGCGAGCUCAUCGAACAGAAGAAGCCUCAUCUGCAGGUCUAUGGCAUCCAGCUGAUAGUCCAGGCUUUGCGCAACAAGGAUGUGGAAUUCACUUCACAAUGUCAUCGCAUUUUGGCCUUAACUUUGGAGACUUUAAAGAGCAACCAAGAAUCGUAUACAUUCCUCAAUUGUGUGCGUCUGUUUGUGGCGUUGGUGCACAUCAUGGAGUCGGAGGUGUUGGACUUGCUCAGCGCUGAGUAUCUGGCGGAGACGGCGAAACUCGACUAUCGUCUGUUGGUGGGCGAGGCAAUUCUCAAGUCAGCCCAGGAAAUUGGUCCACUUUGCUAUCGCUAUAAGGAUGUGCUGCUUAACUGCUUUCUGCAUGGCACCAAGUCACCUUUGGAUGAGUUGCGCACCUCGUCCUAUGCCAAUCUGGCGCAGUUGUGUCGUCUGCUUACAUAUCAGGUGCACAGCUUCUUCCAGGAGUUGCUGCAACUCAUCAACGAUGAGCUAAGCUUUGGCAGCUAUUUGCCUGCCAAGCGUGGCGCUUUGCUGGUGCUCGCAGAACUUUUGGCAGGCAUGGAAAAUCUGCUGGACUAUCAGGAUAUAUUGCUGCCAGUCUAUCGACUUCUGCGUGCCAUCGAAGCGAAUGAGGAUGCCGAUCCACAGAUGCGUCAACAUGCUGCCAAUGGCUUGAAGAUAUUGAAUGCCAAGUGUCGAGAAAUGUUGCAGACGAGCGUUGAUCCCUUAGAGCAAAUGCAACGCGAGAUUAAAGUGCUGGGCAUAAAGGAGCCAGUUGCCUCCUCUUCUAAGAAGCAACGACACAUUCUGGAGUUGAACUAAGAUUACAAAAUAUACAUGCAUUUAAUGCUCAAUUUGUAAAAAAGACACUUGGGAUUUUCGAUUGGGCUAACAACUGCUCUUUCCUAUAGCAAAUUCCGUUUCGAUUUUGUCGGCUAUCAUCUUGGCAAUGGCCAAGCUGCUGGUGGCACCAGGAGAUGGGGCAUUGCGGCAGUGCAGCACACGCUUGGCCAACGGUCCGGAUCCCUCGCCGCGAUCAAACACAAAGUCAUCCACGAGAUUGCCACUCAAAUCCAGAGCCUGGGCACGCACUCCAGCUGGGCCACGUUCAAUGUCAUACUCCGUGACCUCGGGGAUGUAUUUCUGCAGUGCUUUCACUUGUAGAUUGAUGAAUGCCGACUUGCUCAUCUCGCUCAGGCCAAAGCCGAUGUAUUUGCUGGCCAUCUUGAGGAAGCCGGGAUAGCGUAGGGCAUCGAAGAGCUCAAAGAGAUUGAUAUCGCUC